CAAUUUUCAAGACUUAAAAUUAACAAGUCACAAGUUUUCUCAAUUGCUUUAAAUGACCAAACGCAUGUUCUUUACACGAGAUGAAGUUGUCAUUCAUAAUUCGAGAGAUGACAUCUGGGUCAUUAUUAAUGGUACUGUUAUUGACUUGACAAUUUUUUUUCGAAAACGAGUAGAAUCUGAUUCUGUGAACGAUUGCCUAAAUCUCUUACUAGCAUAUGCUGGAAAGGAUCUCUCAUGGUGUUUCAACGAGCAAAAUUUUCCAAUCUUUCGUGUCAAUCAAUACGGUUAUUCGAUUCCAAAAUUCCCCCCAGUCAACGAGAAAGAGUCUCAUGACAGCGAUUACUGGUGGAAUGAUGAAAAGAAUAUUAUCGGACAUGUGACAUGCCUCGAACGUCGUUUAAGAAUCGUAAAUACAUUAACACGUAAGAAAAUUGUGAUGAAUGUUUGCGAUGAGGACAGUAUUAAUGUGAUAAAAGAGAAAUACAAGAAGCGCUUCAAUAGUAAUGCUGAUAAUUAUAUUUGGCGCAAGACACAUUCAUCGGAUACGUUAAAAAUUGGUCAUUUGUUUAUGGACAAGACACUCACACAGAAUGGCAUUUUGUAUCAUGAACAUGAGAAACUUGGAUUGCCAUCAGCAAUUUGGCUUUUUUAUAAUUCCUAAAUGAAAAUAAAGUAAAAUUUCAUAGUUGGAUGAUUUCGAGUUAUUUCCUUUUAUUUCACUUAACCGUCACUUUUGUGUGCCCCACUCUCUUAUUUGCUAUGUUCCUACAUCAACCGGCUGUGCG